CUAAAGGGCUGCGGGUUUAGUCUGCCUGUUAUGCUCAGCUCGCACCCUGCGAGUCCCGCCCAGUUCCUGCUCUCAUUGGACGACUUCGCCAGAGACACGUGACCAAUAGGGACUCUGACUGAGGCAAGCGUAAACUGGACGUUAUCCCCGCCAUGUUUUUCCUUUUCUUCUUUUAGAACGCGGGUUUAGUCAUAUCGGGAAGGGAGCGAUAUACCGCGCUGGGAAUCUUUGAUUGUGUGCGUUCAGAUACCCGACCACACACACAUACACAUACUAGUACAGAGCCCUUGUUCCAAGCCUUUAUUAAAGUUCUGGAGAAUAUACUCUUGGCAUCUUCAUUGGAUGUACCACAGCGGCCACACCUAUCUCACCAAUCAGUAAUAGUAGGCUAGUUCUGCACAACAAUUUUUGGUCCUUCGAGCCGGAUACGGUGGCUACUGUGGAAGUUUAGAAUAAUGUUCUCCGAUCAGCCUCUUGGGGAAGCUCAGCCUACUAAUACCAGGCCCAGGCGGCACACACGUCUGCCAGCUAGAUUUGAUGAUUAUGAUGUCUAUCUCCCAGCUCAUGACAGACCUCACUCCCCGAUGCACAUGAUGGGCCAUAUUGCUAGAAUGCCAGAAGAAUACCAUGAUAUGGAGAGGGCAGCCAAGAUGACCCCGCUCGAGUAUCAGCAGCAGUAUGAACAGAGCAGUCCCAUACCUAGGGUUUGCCCACGGUCAGUCAGCCAAACACCAUAUGGAGGACUGAUGCAGGAUAGCACUCCUUCUCCACAGCACAAACAAGGAACAGAGGCAUCCCCAGAGAUAUUAGAAGCAAUUAAUCAACUACGGCAGGAUAACCAUAGACUCCAGCUAACUAUGAUGCAGAUGCAGAGACAGCUCAGUGUCCAUACCCCACAGCCCACCCAUAUCAGUCAACAGCCAGUACCUUCUGUGCCACACACCCCCUUUGCGCAGCCACCACACCAGGAACUGGAUCGCCAUCUACCGGUGACACAUGAGUCCACUAAAAGGCAAGGCAAGUGGGCAGAAGAGGAUGCAGAAUGGCCGCUGCCGCCCCCUCCAGUAGUACAUGAAGCACUUCAACCAUCACCAACCACUGAAGUGCCACAGGGUUUGGUGGAGGAGCUGACUGACUGCCUCAGACGAUUGGGGAGGGCACCGCAGCCAAUGUCAUAUGAGAGGCAGCAUCUAACUCCAGUCUAUUGUGAACCAGAAGGUUGCUCUGAAUCAGAGUCACAAUGCAGUUAUGAUGCAGUAGCACCUAAACAUGUGCCUAUUAGCCCAGAGCACCAACGAGAAAUAGCUUAUCGGGGCCCUAAGCCCACGAUCCCAUAUUUCACUAAGGGGGACCCGAGAGAGUUUGCAAGACUGAAAAUAGCCCUUGACAACAUCCUGCCUGAAGAUGCAACGGAGAGGUUUAAGUACCAAAUUCUAGUAGAUCAUAUCAAGUUUGAGGAAGCACUCCUCAUAGCUGACUCGUAUAUGAACUCCAAGCAACCCUAUUCAAACACUAUGGCCUCCCUCACAGAGCAUUAUGGGCAACCUCAUCAACUGGCCUUGAGGAGAAUUGCUGAACUGAUGGACGCUCCCAAUAUCCGCAGUAGUGAUGCUAGUGGAUUUAAGAAGUUUGCCUUGAGAGUGAGGGCCUUGGUAGGCAUGCUUGAUCAGCUGGGGGAGAGUGGGCACAUCGAGCUCCAGUGCGGCUCACAUGUCACUCGGCUGUUGUCCAAGCUUCCACAAGACAUGCGGGCUGAAUUCAAGAGAUAUCUAUAUCCGCAACAUGUCCGUAUUCCUACCCUCCUGAACUUUGCAGAUUGGCUAGAGUACGAGAUAAGGAUCCAAGAGAGUGGAUAUGAUUUUGCCCAAGCUGAUGGAAAGGGUGAUGGAGACGUGAAAAGGGAUAAACAUAGGCUAUUUAAACCUAAUCGGACGGCAACUAUUCUACAUGGGGCAGACCAAGUGGUGAGCAUCUCUUCAGCUGAGCCCCCUUCGGCUAGCAGCAGUAAGCAACAAGAUAAGAGCACGGCAUAUUGUCCCUACUGUGUUAAUUCGCUACAUUACCUGAACCAGUGUGGAAACUUCAGUCAACUCACAGUAGAUCAGAAGACCACCUGGGUGAAGAGCAACAGGAGAUGUUGGCGUUGUGGUCGCUCCCAUCAAGCUGCACAGUGUCGUCUAAAGAUGACCUGUAAGAAAUGUAAUGGGAAACAUCUCGAUGCUCUCCAUGAGCUCAACACAAGGCCAGAAAAAGGGAACAGCACAUGUCUUGUCAGCUCCGCUAACGAGGUCCUCUAUUUAGAUAGGCGAGCAGGUUGUAGCCAAGUGCUGUUGAAGGUCAGCAAAGUGAUACUGCGCAAUGGAGAACACAGUCUGGAGACUUAUGCUAUCCUAGACGAUGGCUCGGAGCGCACAAUCCUACUUCCUGCUGCUGCCCAUUCCCUUAAACUUCAAGGGAAUCCCGAGGACCUUGCUCUGAGAACCGUACGUCAGGACAUUAGAGUUAUUCAUGGUACAUCAGUCACAUUCACUAUAUCCCCUGCCAGUCAACCACAGAAGACUUUCAGAAUCCAGGGAGCUUUCACUGCUGACCAAUUGGGCCUAGCGGAACACACUUACGCCGUGAAAUCACUGCAAAGGAGAUACAAGCACUUAAGGGGUUUGCCACUUCAAGCAUUUGAUAAUGCCCACCCUCUAGUGUUGAUUGGGUCCGACUACCCCCACUUAAUUACACCAGUGGAGCCUGUGCAUUUAGGACCACCUGGGGGGCCCGCAGCAGUAAAGACCAGGUUAGGUUGGACUCUCCAGGGACCUACCAAGCUCAUUCAGCAGCAGCUCCAACCCACGCAGUGCUUGCAUGUGUCCACCUCCUCACCAGCUGCGGAGUUAUUUCAACAAGUUGAAAGGCUCUGGCAACUGGAUGUGUUGCCUUAUAGGAAUGAGAAGCUUGUUACCAGAUCCAAACAGGAUCAGGAAGCUAUGAGGCUGCUGGAGGAAAAAACAUCACGGGUAGACGUAGAAGGAGUCCAGCGUUAUGCCACGCCAUUGCUACGGGUAAGGAACAUGCCCAAACUUAAUGCACCAAAGGAAGCUGUGCUAGCACAUCUCCGUAGCACAGAAAGACGCCUGCUCAAAGAGCCAGAGAAAGCAGCCUCCUAUUGCGCUGAAAUGCGAAAGUUGGAACAAGCAGGAUAUACUGUUAAGGUCUCGGAGCAGGAGCUGAACCAAACCAGUGAAUCCUGGUACAUACCCCACCACAUUGUGAGUCAUAAUGAGAAGAAUCGGAUAGUUUAUAAUUGUUCAUUCACCUACCAGGGUAAUAAUCUUAAUGACCUGCUUCUGCCUGGACCGACCUUAACAUCCAGUUUGUUAGGUGUCCUGCUGAGAUUCAGGGAACAUUCUGUAGCCUUCAGCAGUGAUAUCAAAGGCAUGUUCCACCAAGUGAGAUUGCUCCCUGAAGACAAGCCUCUUCUUCGUUUUCUAUGGAGGGACCUACAGAAAGAACUACCACCCAAUAUAUAUGAGUGGCAGGUUCUCCCUUUCGGUACCACAUGUAGCCCAUGCUGUGCUACCUUUGCUCUCCAGAAGCACGUGUUUGACCAUAGUCAGCCAGGGGAAGACCUUCAGAUAGCAGUGGAGCGCUGCUUCUAUGUGGACAACUGCCUGAAGAGCCUGCCCUCCAAAGAUAUAGCCAAACACUUAGUCGACCAGUUGCAAGCAGUGCUAGCUGCAGGCGGGUUUGAACUUCGUCAGUGGGCUAGUAACACUCCUGAGGUCAUUAAUCAUUUGCCAAAGGAAUUAAGGUCAGACAACAGUGUGCUGUGGCUUAAUGGGUCAGGGGCAGACCCUCAAGAGCAAGCCUUGGGACUUCGCUGGUCAUGUCAUUCUGACACCCUAGGAUACAAAUGUCGCCUGGUGGAAUAUCCCAUCCCUACUAUGAGAAAUAUAUACCGAGUGCUAGCCAGUCUGUAUGACCCUUUAGGCUUCCUUAUCCCCUUUACCACUAGGGCCAAGACUUUGGUGCAGCACCUGUGGAGUAAGCAGAGAGAAUGGGAUGACCCAUCCCUGCCAGAUGAUGCCCUCCAGGCAUGGUCGGCAUGGGUAGAAGAGCUUCAGCAUCUCCCACAGGUAACCCUGCCUCGCUGUUAUGUAAGCCCUGCAAUCGACCGUUCCAGUAGUCACCAAACUAUACACAUCUUCUGUGACGCUUCGGAGCGAGCAUACGGCUCUGUUGCUUACCUACGGAGUGAAGGUACCAAGGGACAAGUGGAAGUGGCAUUCCUGACUGCACGAUCAAGGGUGGCCCCCAAGCGUCAGCUAUCAAUGCCACGAUUAGAGCUGUGCGCUGCAUUGACGGGCAGUCAACUAGCAGCACUUCUGUUGAAGGAACUUACCAUAACUAUACACGAUGUGAUUCUCUGGACUGAUUCCACGACCGUGCUCACCUGGCUCCAGUCUGAUUCGUGCCAGUUUAAAGUGUUUGUCGGCACCAGAGUGGCAGAAAUCCAGGAGCUGACAGAUGCUGGAGCCUGGCGUUAUGUUGAUUCGGCCAGUAACCCAGCAGACGACAUAACCAGAGGGAAGACCUUGAGGGACCUGGCAGGAAGAAACCGUUGGCGAGAUGGACCAUCAUUUCUGUUGCAUUCUUCAGAAUUGUGGCCCACCAAACCAGCUCAGGGUGGUCAGGGAGAUUCCACUGAACUACGGAAACCCACCUGCAUUGGUCUAACCAAGGUAAUUACUAACCCCCCAUUGCCAGAUUAUGAGCAGUUUUCCUCCUUCAGGAGUCUGGUCGAGGCAGUCGCCUUAUCCCACCACGGGGCGGCAGGUAAUCAUCCUGGUCCUUCCGCUGAAGACUAUCAAGCAGCAGAGAGAGAAAUUCUUAGGCAAGCUCAGUUGGACAGCUUCAUUGAUGAUUACACCUACCUGGCAGCAGGGAAACUGGUAUCCUCUACUAGUCGGCUGGUCACACUAGCACCAGAAUAUGAUGCAGCAGUGCGGUUGAUCCGUGUAGGAGGUAGGCUCCGCCACAGUGAUCAGCUCGAACAUGAUGCCAUUCACCCAAUAGUCUUGGAUCCAGCCCACAAAAUCACUAAGUUGAUAAUCCAGGACACAGACAAAAGCCUUAAACAUCCAGGUGCAGAACGUCUCUUUGCAGAGCUUCGGCGGAAAUACUGGAUCUUACACGGACGAGAAGCUGUUAAGCGGCAUCAACGUUCUUGCCCCGACUGUCAGAGAUGGCGAGCGAGCCCAACUGUACCUAAGAUGGCAGACCUACCCCCUGCACGACUGCGGUUGUUAAAGCCCCCCUUUUUUUCAACAGGCGUGGACUGCUUUGGGCCCUUCAUGGUACGGAUUGGGAGGCGCAACGAGAAACGUUGGGGGAUAUUGUUCAAAUGUCUGACCACUAGAGCUGUCCACGUAGAUAUUUUAUCCAACUUGGACACCGACUCAUUUUUAAUGGGCCUUCGCCGAUUUAUUGCCCGAAGAGGAAAACCAGCAGAACUCUUAUCGGAUCAGGGCACGAACUUUAAAGGAGGUGAGAGAGAGCUCCAUCAGACAUUUCAGUCAUUGCACCCCAUACUACAACAGCAAUUAGCUAAGCACCAGAUCAAAUUCCGAUUCAAUCCCCCUGGCGCACCUCACUUUGGAGGGGUCUGGGAACGAGAGAUCAGGUCGGUCAAGGCCGCAUUAUAUACCACAGUGCAAGCCCAAACAGUUACAGAAGAGGUCCUAAGAACGGUUUUAGUUGAAGUGGAAGGGAUUCUAAAUUCCAAGCCACUAGGCUAUGUAUCAACCGAUAUUGCUGAUCCUGAUCCAGUUACCCCAAACCUUCUGUUGAUGGGGCGGCUUGACCCGUCAUUGCCUCAGGCAGUGUACACUGAAGCAGAGCUACUAAGCCGCCGUCGCUGGAAGCACUCACAGGUUCUUGCAGAUCAGUUCUGGGUUCAUUUCAUUAAAUAUUAUCUCCCCGCACUCCAGACUCGUUCUAAGUGGCAAAGGGAUGCCCCCCCACUGCAGCUGGGUACAGUAGUUUUGAUAAUGGACCCGCACCUGCCAAGAGCACUCUGGCCAGUAGGCCGUGUUACCAAGGUCAUCCCAGGAGUGGACGGACGAGUCCGAACAGCGGAUGUUCAAGUGAAGGAUCACAAUUACACCAGGCCUGUUGCUCGACUUAUCCCUCUCCCUGCUAUUCCAGACACAACUUCAGACCCGGACAGCCCCUUCUGAAUUAUACAAAUUUGACAAUGCAAAUUUGGGGGCGGCUGUGCUAAAGGGCUGCGGGUUUAGUCUGCCUGUUAUGCUCAGCUCGCACCCUGCGAGUCCCGCCCAGUUCCUGCUCUCAUUGGACGACUUCGCCAGAGACACGUGACCAAUAGGGACUCUGACUGAGGCAAGCGUAAACUGGACGUUAUCCCCGCCAUGUUUUUCCUUUUCUUCUUUUAGAACGCGGGUUUAGUCAUAUCGGGAAGGGAGCGAUAUACCGCGCUGGGAAUCUUUGAUUGUGUGCGUUCAGAUACCCGUAAGUUUCUACAUGUGCAUUGUACAAGAGUGUUUAUGUUGGGAUAUUAUAUACAGUUAAUCGGAAAUGAGCCCCUUAAGUGCGGCGAACGUUUUAUUUCUAACUUGCUGCGUAGAUUUAUGUUGCAUUUACCUCGGAUGUCAUGCAAUGCCUAUGUUUAUUUUAAACGGUUUAUAUUUACAUAUUUAUUUAUCUCAACAAAUCUUAUUUAUAUUACUUUGUGUAUUAUGAUUGUUUAUCCUGUUAAACUUGCGGGAUGGCCGCUUAAAGUUACCGUAAUACAACGUCGAAGGUAAUAUUGUGAACUGUUUAUUUGAUACUGGACUCUGUAUGUAUAACGGAUUUAUAUUCUUUAUUCUAUUUUUGUUAUUUCUACUUUCAGGACCACACACACAUACACAUACUAGUACAGAGCCCUUGUUCCAAGCCUUUAUUAAAGUUCUGGAGAAUAUACUCUUGGCAUCUUCAUUGGAUGUACCACAGCGGCCACACCUAUCUCACCAAUCAGUAAUAGUAGGCUAGUUCUGC